AUGGACAGAAGACUGCCAAGAGCAUUUCAACACAGAAACAGCCCGCCAUAUGACUUUUUGGCACCAACUCAUCCCAAGACUUCGAAAGUCACUUCCACGGAACCAAUAUCUUCAACUGUGCCAACAACAUAUGAGGAGACAACGUCUAAAUCUACCACGUCGCAAACCACAGUCCUCAAUACUACUCCACAACAGACAUCAACGGAAGGCCUGAAAGUUACUACUAGCACCCAAACAACAGAUAUUGCUAAUGUGACGCAGAAGCCCCUGGAGGAGAUUCUCAUCGAAUGCUUCGACAACGUAACAGAAGGAGAAUCAAGCGCAAAACCUUACCGUCCACUGACAUUCUCAACCCGUGGAAAUACCGAAGCAGAACGGCUAGCUGUAAGCUUCUACUCGCCAUUUCUACAGACAAAACCAGUCAAGGUAGCAGUGGAAGCUUUCCAGGAGCCUAAACCAGGCUGUGAAACAAGCCCGUCAUCGAGAAACUAUCCGUCAACAAGCCCAUCUGCUACCGAAAGUGAAGUCUCUGGCACAUCCAUGUCGCUGAACUCUGUGGUUAACGUGACUGUUUACUGCUACAACGGCGCUCCCUUACACCUCCGCAAAGGGGAAUACGUGGAUGUCGUCUUUCCCGUCAAAAUUGAUUUUGAUAAUGAAGUUCCAGUCUGCACUUCGAUGAAACGAAAUGAUUCUGGUUGGGAGUGGGUUACCGAGGACUGCAAGGCUGUGUAUUCGAACUACACCCACGUGACCUGUCGCUGUAAUCACCUGACCGCCAUUGCACUUCAACGCGGCCCUAAGGGCUUCAAAGUGGACUGGAUAAACGCUUUACUUCUUUCAGUUCUUGAAAAGGCUUUGGGGUGCAUCUCAAUCAUAGCUAUAUUUGUCAUGCUUGUCAUAUAUGCAACAUUGGGUGUAAAAGGGUCUCAACUCACAAAGAUUCAAUUGAAUAUGGCCGUCAGCUCAUUUGCUGGACAUGUCACUUUCUUGCUUGGAAUGAAAGCGACUGGUAAUCUGUUCGUUUGUGCGAUCAUAGCUGCCUGUCUUCAGUAUCUUUACACUGUCUACGCCCUGUGGUUGGUGGUCCAGACCGCUGUACUCUUCAAUACAUGUUACCUACACGGUAAGCCCCGAGAUUCGAAAGUCGCCCAACCAGUCCAGAUGAAAGUACCAGAGAAGAGCAUUACGGAACCUAUCCGAAUGGUUAGAGCCUUUCUGAUUGUGUGGGGAGGACCCUUGGUGUUAGUAGGUCUCCUCUACAAGAAGAUGCCACAUGGAUUUGGAACCCCAGAAAGUUGCUGGCUAACCGAGAAGGAGAAUGUCUAUCCUAUCUUCAUUGCAAUCGUUACACUGGCCCUCGUGAUCAACUUCGUGCUCGCCAUGUUGACCGUGGUUUAUCUCGUCAAGAUUGAUGAUAAGCCUACCGAGCACAUCGAUGGCUACGCAGAAUGGACUGAGAAACUAAGGAACAGAGUCAGCCUAUGCCUGUCAUCAUCACUCGUCCUCUCAUUCGUUCUCGUGAUGGCCUGGUCAUCGCAUGCCUUGCUCGUCUUCAAGUCCAUCAUGGCUUUCGAUUACCUCUUCAUCUUGUUCAACAUGAUCCAGGGGUUUUUGGUUUUCGUCUCCUACUGCCCGAUGAAUCCACAGGUUCGUGCUGCUAUUUUCCGAACUGGCAAUACCCCGGAUGAAGACGAAAAGAAGGAGAAGGAACCAAACUAAAUGCAAUCAUGGCAAUUGCAAAUUAUAAUCCACUUUGAAUGAGACAUGCCCCUGCUUAAUCAUAUAGCAUGUGUAAGUAGUGGAAUAGA